AAUUUCAAUCACAAUGAAUCAUCACGAAAAUCUUGAAGAGAAAUCUGUGCUAUUGCCAUUUUAGGUUGAACCUGAGAACUAUUCUGACCAUAUCGAUUAUGAGGAUCAAUAACCUUAAAUUAAGAUCAAAACAAAAAUUUCCUUUUUAUCUUCUGUUAUCAAUUAAAUUGAAUCUUUAGUUAUCUCUAAAUAAUAAGUUAAAAAAACCAUAAAAAAAAACAAAAAGACACCAAAUCCAAUGAAAGAUGUGAAGUAAAAGUAAAAAGGGAAGAAUACUAAAAAACAAACCAGAGUUUCCCUUAAUGAAUUUAGUGAAGAUGCUUCCUAAUAUGAGGAGUAGUUUUAGAAUUAUUACAUUGAAGUAGAUAAUAAUUGA